UUUGCCUUCCUCUGCUUCUUCUUCCUUCUUUCUCCAUCUUACAGUUACAGUGUCUGUACUACUCUCUAUUUAAGUUGCUUCUUCCGAUCAUUCUUGCAGUUUCUUCGUGGGGUUUCUUUUAAAGUUCUUGUUUCAGUGUUCAUUCAUAGACCCAUUAAGGGUUGUUCUAGAUUCUGGCUCUGCUAUGAUUUGAAACGAUCUACCAGUUGGAGCUGACGAUGCCAAGGCAGAAUGUUGCGGCGGAAUUGAUUCCUGGGAAAAUCAGAAAACGAGGCUGUUCUUCAUCGGCUUCUUCCUCAUCUUCGAUUCUUCAAAAUUACAGGUUUAAACGAGCGAUUCUGGUGGGUAAAAGGACCGGAUCGAGAUCCCCUGCUUCUGCAUUUCCUUCCACUGAAUCCCCCAAUUACGAGCUCCAUCAGUGCGGCAGUGCCCGGUCCAAGCAAGCUCCAGUGUCGGCGAGGAAGCUGGCAGCGACUCUGUGGGAGAUGAAUGAGUUGCCGUUGACGACGGUGAAGGAGGGUCACGAGAGGAAAUCGAGAAAGGAAAUGAAGGCUAUUGAGAAAACGACACGGUCCAUUCAUUCUGGUUCUUUGCCGCCCCAUCUCUCCGAUCCGUCUCAUAGCCCUGUUUCCGAGAGGGGGGAUCGGUUGGGGACAGGAAGUCGUCGAAGAACUCCAUCCAUGUCUCAGAGGCUAAAGCUUGCCGAUCAUGGCGUUGGGGUUCUUGAUUCUGUUAGAACUGCUAGUUUUAUGGAGAUUGAGACAAGAUCAAGAGUCCAAACUCCGAGCGUAUCGAAUGUUGGCGUUAAAUCGCGAUUGAAAGAUGUUAGUACUACAUUAACAACUUCAAAGGAGCUUCUCAAAAUCAUUACCCGUGUAUGGGGCCAAGAAGAUCGUCCUUCAACGAGCAUGUCUCUAAUCUCAGCCUUGCACGCCGAGCUAGAGAGGGCUCGAUUGCAGAUCAAUCAGCUCAUCCAAGAGCAAAGGUAUGAGCAGAAUGAGAUAAGCUAUCUGAUGAGGUGGUUUGCUGAAGAGAAGGAAGCUUGGAAGAGCAAGGAGCAAGAAGCUGUGGAGGCUGCUAUUGAGUCCGUGGCUGGAGAGCUGGAAGUUGAAAGGAAGCUUCGGAGAAGGAUGGAGAGCUUGAACAAGAAGCUGGGGAGAGAAUUGGGUGAGACGAAAUCAUCACUUGUGAAAGUUGUGAAAGAAUUUGAGAGUGAAAGAAGGGGAAGGGAAUCUGCUAAACUCAGUGCUGUGCUUCGUGAGGAACAAACUCACGUAGCCAACAAUGGUGGUGUGGAUGAACUGAGGAAUGAAGUUGAGGCGUUUUUGGGUAUCAAAAGGGGUAAAGAGGAGGCAGGGGAAGUUGUGGAUUUGGGUGAAAGUGAUGUUGAUUCUAUAGAAUUAAAUAUGGAGAAUUACAAAAGUUAUGAUUGGAUCCACUGUUGUAGAAGGCCUUCAAUAGAUGAUGAACUCAAGGCAACAACCAAGUCUAAUUCUAAGAAGGGUUCAAGAAAAAGCAUAUCUGAUGGAUUGGAAUGGGGAAGAAGCUCUGUAAUGGAGAAAGUAGGUUGUUCAAAGAACCUCAGAGACCAGAUCUUAUAUGGGUCGAGGCUGGGUUCGCUUAAAGUCACUGCCAGCCCAACUAGGGCGUGGGAACAAGCGCGGCCCUCAAGAGACCUCGCUGAUACAGUCGCUGAGAGAGCUUCCUUGGUGCAGGGUAAUGGUUUGAAGUGUAGAGGGGACGGUGUAAGUUCGAGGAAGUACAAGUGAGCCCAGCAACCAAAACCAUUGGAUCGGUCGAGCCUGCUAAGAUGUUGUAGCGGCCCGGUGCUGAUAAUCUCAAAAAGUGCUUUGAAUUCUUUUUUUUUUUUUUUUUUUUUUUUUUUUUUUUUUUUUUUUUUUUU